AUGUCUGGUACUACUGUUCACGUUUCGGGCAUCGCCCCUACCACCACUGAGAAGGACGUUCGUGACUUCUUCAGCUUCUGUGGCAAGAUCACUUCUCUUUCCAUCACCCCCACCAGCUCUGAGGCCGGUUCUUCCCAAUCCGCCAGCGUCACCUUCGAGAAGGAUGCCGCCGCGAAGACUGCUCUCCUCCUCGACCAGACCCAAUUAGGCUCCUCCUCAGUGCACGUGGAAGCCGCCCAGAACAUCGACGACCUCGCUGGCGCCCAAUCCACCGCCUCCGCUGAGAAGGCAGAUGAGCACGAUAUCGCUCAGGAAGACAAGCCCCGCUCCCGCAUCAUCGCCGAGUACCUUGCCCAUGGCUACGUGGUCGGUGAUGGCGCUAUUCAAAAGGCCAUCGAUCUGGACCAGAAGCACGGAUUCUCCGCCAAGUUCACCUCCGCUCUGACCAACUUCGACAAGAAGUUCAAUGCCACUGAGCGCGCUAAGGACCUGGAUGAGAACUACCAGAUCUCCAACAAGGCUGCUAGUGGCUGGUCCUCCCUGAACCACUACUUCGAAAAGGCCCUCGAGCACCCUCACGGUCAGAAGCUGCGUAGUUUCUACAUGGAGACCGAUAAGCAGGUGCGCGAUAUCCACAAUGAGGCUCGCCGCCUGGCCGAUCUGAAGCUGGGUCGCAGCUCUGAGGGCGAGAGUGCUACUACCGCCCCUGCUGAUGCGUCCUCCGAGGCUGCUGCGCCCCAGGCUGAGCCUAAGGCGUAA